CCCGAGCCCGCCCCGCGCCUCCCGGAGCCCGCCCCCCGCUGCUCCCAUGCGCGCGGGUGGGUCAUGAGCACAGCGCCCUCGCUUUCUGCCCUAAGAAGCAGUAAGCACAGCGGCGGCGGCGGCGGCGGCGGCGGCGCAGACCCUGCCUGGACCAGCGCGAUCUCUGGAAAUAGCUCCGGUCCCGGCCCAGGCUCGUCCCCGGCCGGCAGCACCAAGCCUUUUGUGCACGCCGUGCCCCCCUCUGACCCUCUACGCCAGGCCAACCGCCUGCCCAUCAAGGUGCUGAAGAUGCUGACGGCACGGACUGGCCACAUUUUGCACCCCGAAUACCUGCAACCCCUGCCUUCCACGCCCGUCAGUCCCAUUGAGGCCAGUUUGUGCCGGGACCCGUACUGCCUCAGCUACCACUGCGCCAGCCACCUGGCCGGGGCGGCGGCCGCCAGCGCGUCGUGCGCCCACGAUCCGGCCGCCGCGGCCGCCGCGCUCAAGUCCGGAUACCCGCUGGUGUACCCCACGCACCCGCUGCACGGAGUGCACUCCUCGCUGACGGCAGCCGCCGCGGCGGGGGCCACCCCGCCCUCGCUGGCCGGCCACCCCCUCUAUCCCUACGGCUUCAUGCUCCCCAACGACCCGCUCCCGCACAUCUGCAACUGGGUGUCGGCCAACGGGCCGUGCGACAAGCGCUUCGCCACGUCCGAAGAGCUGCUGAGCCACUUGCGGACCCAUACGGCCUUCCCUGGAACAGACAAACUGCUCUCGGGCUACCCCAGCUCGUCGUCUCUGGCUAGCGCGGCCGCCGCAGCCAUGGCUUGCCACAUGCACAUCCCCACGUCCGGCGCACCCGGCAGCCCAGGGACGCUGGCGCUGCGCAGCCCCCACCACGCGCUGGGACUCAGCAGCCGCUACCACCCCUACUCCAAGAGCCCGCUCCCCACGCCCGGCGCCCCCGUGCCGGUGCCCGCCGCCACCGGACCCUACUACUCCCCCUACGCCCUCUACGGACAGAGACUGACCACCGCCUCGGCGCUGGGUUAUCAGUGAGGGUGGUGGGGAGGGCUAGCCGGGGAGAGGAAGGAGCUGGGGGGAGGGGAGGAGCCGAGGGAAGGGCGGGAGCCACGGCCAAGGCCGCUGAUACCCUUGCGCGUGGGGGAAGACCCGGGCCACCGAAGGAAACAAGUAUAUCCUCGUAUCUAUCUACCCCACAACAGUGGUGAUCGAGACCCGGUGGGAAAUUUCCCUUUCCUCAUCUCUCACCUCCCCACCCAAACUUUAUAAAAGUUGGAAAAAAAUAUCAUUUGACUUUUUAUAGAAAAAGAAGGAAAAAAAAUAAUUGAGAAAGUGUACAUCUGAGAACUUCAUUGGUGGACACUGGUAAUUUAUUUAUGUUAGCUCCAAGCGGACCCGUGGUUCAAAAGUGCAUUAUUUAGUUUGAGCUCCGUAGGUUAAAAAGGAGGAGGGAAAAAGGAAACACACACACACACACACACACACAUUUAAACUUGAGGGUGAUAAUGUGGAAAGCAAACCCUCCCAUCCCUUGUAGAUUAUAAAUAAAAACAAAACCGCCACAGAACUAGAGGUCUUCUCUUUAAUGUUACUUUAAAAUUGCUAUGAUUGUAUCGUACGUUCUUAUUUAAUGUCUGAUUGAAACACCAAUUUACAUGCAUGUUUGUUACAAAAAAAUGAAAAAGUGAAACAAAACAAGUCACAAUUUGUCAGCUCUGAUUUCAAAUUGCAAUUAUUUUUAAGGUGUAUACCAUCAAAAGAGAAUGGGUAUUUUUUUGUAUGUAUUCUGGAAGAAAACAACAAAAAAAAGGAAAAACAAUUCUAUUCCAAACCUCAUUUGCCUUAUUUUGUUCUUUAAAAGGAACACUUAACUAUUUUUAAUUUUUAAGCCCACCCGCCGAGAAGGGGGCAAGGUUUACGUCAUGUACUAAAAUAAUAGACAAUGUAUCUCUUUAAAGAUUAAAAUUCCGUAUAUUUGAUGUAUUAAAAGGUUUUACUUCUUA